AUUUCUGUAGACGUGUCACAGGAGAUUAUGCCUGCAGGCUUUUUUCCACACUGCAGGUGCAAAAGGAGUCAUAUGGUUUAUUUGAUAGUGGACGUUUUUCAGUGGUUGAUAAGCUAAGUGUGUUUCUUAGGAAAGGACAUGCAUCAGUACAUCUGUGCAAUCAAGUCCGUAGGUUCCACUAACCGGAGCGCUUCCUUGAGAACGUUGGCUUUUCUUAUUUUUUCUUAAGGAUUUCUUUCUCGCAAAGGUGGCUCAUGGAGUGUUUUAAGAGAAAGUGUUAGACAGUCUGCUACAGGACAGAGGAUUGACACUUUGGAUGUCAGUGUCUGGAUUUGUCAGAGUGAAUAAGCACAGCUGGAGUAGCUGUCAGGUGAAAUAAGCCUGUCUAUAACGAGAGGAAGACAUUACAAGCUGGUGCUGAGUCAGCAAUUGGAUAAUGUGUGUGGAAUCAUGGCCUUGAUAUUAGUUCGGUUUGGAGCUUAAUCAGGUAUGAGCCACACAAACCCAGAAUAAGCAGCUCAGACCACCCAGAGAGAACAGAGGUCCACACAUGGCACUUGCAGCUGUAGAGAACUCAUAGAAGCUAAAGAUGGCCGAUCCUGAAAGACUUCAUUUUGGGUCCACCAUGGCUUCAUUGCACUGUUCUGUUCCCAUAAACCAGAGCCAUUUUGGAUCCAACGAUUCUGAAAUAGGACUGGGAGACACAUGCACACCGAAUGGGAAGAACUGGCCUGCUCUGAUCAUUCUGGUCAUCAUUUUCUUCACCAUUGGAGGGAAUAUUUUGGUAAUACUGGCAGUGUCACUGGAGAAGAAGCUGCACAAUGCCACCAACUUUUUCCUGCGCUCGCUGGCUGUGGCGGACAUGCUUGUGGGCAUCCUGGUCAUGCCAGCUUCACUGAUCAACAUACUGUAUAAUAACUCCUGGCCCCUCCCCCGAGUGCUGUGCCCCAUGUGGAUCUUCUUGGACGUGCUCUUCUCCACAGCCUCCAUCAUGCAUCUGUGUGCCAUCUCUCUGGACCGCUACAUCGGAAUCCGGAGCCCCAUCCAACACAGCCGCUCCAACUCCCCCUGCAGGGCCAUGGCCAAGAUCACAGUAGUCUGGACCAUUUCCAUUGUUGUCUCCAUGCCCAUCCCAGUGAUUGGCCUGCAGGAUGAGCAGAAGGUGUUUGUGAAUGACACUUGUGUGCUGAACGAGCCAUGCUUUGUGCUGGUGGGCUCGUUUGUGGCCUUCUUCGUCCCCCUCCUCAUCAUGGUGGUCUGCUACUGCCUCACCAUCAGGCUCCUCCAACAGCACGCGGCCACUUUCUCCCGUGACCGCAACAGCUAUGCUGAUACUAACCCCAAGCAGCCUUCACCCCAGCCCAGCAUCAGCGGCAUCAGUCUUUUGAACGAGGAACCACCCACCACCCAGAGCAAAGGAGCCGUCCAGCCCCUCAGCUCUCCGCUAACAGGCCAUGCGGGCAUGGCUCCUCAAGGCCAAGGUAGGCGAGGCAUGACACAGGCAAUCAAGAACGAGCGUAGGGCAUCAAAAGUCUUGGGCAUGGUCUUCUUCCUCUUCCUGGUGAUGUGGUGUCCAUUCUUCAUCACUAACGUGCUGGUUGCUGUGUGCCGGGACGACUGCGAGCACCUGUCCAGGCUGAUGGAUCUCUUCGUGUGGGUAGGCUACGUCUCCUCUGGGGUCAACCCGCUGGUCUACACUCUAUUCAACAAGACUUACCGCCAUGCCUUCUCUCGUUACCUGCACUGCAGGUAUCACAAACAGACAAAGCCCCUUCUGAACAACUCGGCUUGCCAGGUUUAUUCUGUCUCACCGACCCCCAUCCUGUGUGAGAGGAGCUUCACGGACACUAAUGGAAAUGGCUUUUCAGCACAUAUUAAGGAUUUAGACUUGAACCAAGAGCAUAAACAAUCAGAUGAGAUGCUGAAAGACAGAAACAGUAGCCUUCCCAGCCAUAUGGAACACAUCAGCAGCGUCUGAUUGAUAGAAACAAGGACGAUGGAAGAACCUACCCCAGUACUAUGACUCUAACUUUGUGUUUUACCACUCAAAUCUCUACUUGGGUUUCUCCUUUAAUGUCUGCAUGUUUUUGGAACCAAACUUGGUGGAUGUAAUGACUUAAAUAUGUUAUUGACUGCCAAGCAUCGACAUGUCAUUUGCACAGAAUUGUGCUUAUAAAACAGCAUGCUCCAUGAACUUGCUUUAUAUUUUUUCCUUGAAUAUGCAACACAGAACUAGACAUGUG